AUGGACGUCUUCAGUAGUCUGCCAACUUCAAACGAGCACAUCAAAUGUGUCGAUAUGCACACCUCCGGCGGUCCAGUCCGAAUACCAAUCCAAGGACUUCCAAACCUCACAGGAACACUUCUCGGACAAAAGAGCCAGGCUUCACUACCAGAAAACGACUACAUCAGACGAAGACUACUCCUCGAGCCUCGAGGCCACGAUGGCAUGUAUGGAGGUAUCCUCCGGAAAGACACCGAGCUCACGAAGUCUGGCGUCGCCGACAUAGGAAUCCUGUACAUCCACUCUGGCGGAUACUCUAUGAUGUGCGGCCAUGUUACUCUGGGGGUUUCACGUUUCUUGAUAGAUACGCAUGACCCGGAAGUAUUUCCGAACCGCGAGAAAUUGAGAUUUGACACGAAGAGUUUGACAACGGAGUUGAGGUUGCAUGCGCCUUGUGGUCUUCUUAGGAUCACUGUUCCUACGAUGCCGGACGGGAAGAGUUCAGAUCCUAACCGAGAUGUAUCAUUCUUGUCCGUUCCCUCGUUUGCAGCUGGUCUUGACAUUGAAGUUCCGAUUGAGACGAUCAGGAAGUGGACAGAGUUGGGAACUCGAUCAUCUAUUGUAGUAGAUAUCAGUUUCAGUGGAGCAUUCUUUGCCAUCGUCUCGGCUCAAGAACUUGGCUUUGCAAAUGGGGUUAAAGAUAUCAGAAACCUGGAGGAACUUUGGCCAGUGGUAAAUACCAUCAGAGACACAAUAUCAACCGCACCAGAGCUGAGCGCGUACACCUAUCUACCUACGUCUCCGGAGCCAGUUUUGGUUAACGGUGUAAUUAUCAGAGACUCGACAAUUGGCCAAACGCGUGAGGACGUUUCGGGGGCUGAGGUAGGAAUUGUGUUUGUGGAGAAUGCGAUUGAUCGUUCGCCAUGUGGUUCUGGUACUGCUGCACGUGUUGCAUUGGCUUACGCUAAAGGCGAGAGAAAGAUCGGAGAGAGGUGGGCAUACCACUCUAUGCUCUCUUUGACUAGUGAUGGCCAAGGACCAUUCGUGGGCAGCCCAGAAGAGGAAAUUGUGAUCCCUGGUGGAAAAGGAGUCGGAGCGAGAGGUGUGGUUGUUAGGACUGAGGGAAGGGCUUAUUACACCGGUGCAAGUAUUUUUGUCCUAGAGGACAUAGAUAAGAUUUCUAGGAGUGGGUUCAAAAUUAUGGAGUUGUCCAAAGCUCUCGCGGGAACAAGGAGAACUCAACAUGCGCAAGAGCCUGGAACUUAA